CCUGCUUUUAUUCUCUUUUUGUUUUUAUUCCCAAUAAUUUGUAGAGGUGUCAUUACUUAAUAAAUUUGGCUGCCUCAGGAAUUUGCAUGAUUUCGUUUCAUUGUAUUUUAAUUGCUUAUUCUUUAGAAAUUAAGUUGUAAAGUAUUUUGUAUGACAAUUGGGCGAGAUAUUCUGAAGUUGUUAGAAAUCAUUUUGUGUUAAAGUGGGCGCAGUGCUCCCCGCCCACUAUUUUUGCGCUGAUGAGGGUUUUUCAUGUAAUUUCUAGUAUUUUAAACUAAAAGGGUCAUACAACCGAUCCGGGGCCCUCGCUCCUCACUUUCCGUACCGCGAUGGCAUUUGUGUACAACAAUGCAAAAUCAAGUAAAAUAUAGCUAGAAACAUUAUUUAAUCGUAAAGUAUAAACUGUUGCUUACUGAAGUCUGUGGCGAUUUUUUUUACUUACGUGAGGAACUGGUACGUUUAUCAAAUUUUUCAAAAUUACAACUAGACAAACCACGUAUUCACGGUCUGUGUUAUUUCACUGACGUCAAUUGGGCGGCGUAAAAUGGAAAGGAAAAUGUUUUUGAACAGCUUUGCGAGGACUUUCUGGCACAUACUGUUAGGAUUUAGAUCAACAAGGUAGAUAUUAGUUAUUAAAGUGCACAUUGCAUAUGAUUGUACACGGGGAUGUUUGUUUUCUCAGUGAAUACAUGCGUAUUAUCGUAGCUGGAGAUGUGCAAAGUGGUACUACCUAGUUCGCGUGCAGCUGCAAACACGUGAAUCAACGAUGAGUUGUGUCAGCUCUUAAUGGCUCGUUUGGGCUGAAGCAUUAACGUUUGAAAAAUAAUUCCGUUAAAAAACAUUUAAAGUCCAAAUGAGCUGAGAAAGUUUAGAAAACAAUACAGCUCCAUUUUCUGUCAUAUAAUAUUCGCAGCGGCUGUAUGCCCGACAGUAAGGUCCUCAAUGGACUAAAUGCCCGACAGUUUUCAAAUUUUUAAAACAACCCAGUAAAUUGUCGACCUAUUGAAUUAGAAGUAUUCUAUAUUUGUUGAGAAAGGGCAAUCAAACCUGAAUUGAGCUUUGUUGUCGGUGGAUGUUUUCCGUCGUCUAUGUACACCAUAGAAUCGUUAUUUUAGUGACACUUUCACGACUGUUGGGCAUAUAGCCACUGCGUAUAAUAUUUGGUUAUUCGUAAUGAUUCAACAAAGGGAAUUAGAAGACUAAAAAUAUGAUAUUUGCUAAGAGCGUAUGAGAGCUAUUUUUAUUCGAAAAACGUAAAAAAAUGUCAUUUAAUUGUCAUUUAAUUGCUUUUUUACCAACAUGCUAUUAAUGCAACAUCAUAUGCAAUCAACGUGAUUGUUCUUCGUUUUACCAUAACAGUUUAAUUGCUUAAUCGAGCAGAUGGUAUAUUAACAGAAUAAAUUCGUAAUGAUAACACACAUGCUCGAUUUGGCUUAACGCUUAAGUCAGAGCUCUUUCUUCCACUGCCGUAAAGGCAAAAUAGCAAAACUUUCAUCCUGUUUUUAUUCGAGAUUUUCAACUUGCCGCUUUAAAAGGACAUUGUCUCCUUAUCACAGCGACUUAGUCAAAAUGAAUGGUUUGUGGAACGGCACAAACUUGACAUACGUGUCUCUACCUUUGACUGCUAGAGUCAGAGAGACAUUGGCUACAAUUUCCUCUAUCAUCGCAGUUCUAUGCAUCCUAAGUAACGGAACCGUCCUCUACUUUCAAAGAACACAAAGGUCCCCAUCUACUAAAGGGCUACAAGUCUUCAGGCGACCUCUGAACGGGUACUUUGUACAAAGUAUGGCCUUGUCUGAUAUUACCGCAUCGCUUAAAGGCAUUAUUCUCCAUGUGUGUCAACUCCUGGCGAAUAUCUUUCUGAAUGACUGGAUCUGUCGAGCCGUACGUUUCUCCCAGUUCGCUUUCCCUUCCAUCACGAUAUGUAAUCUAGUAGCCGUUUCUGUCGAGAGGUAUCUCGGUAUAUUUUACCCGUUCCGCGUGCCGUCCGAUCAAGCUGUGCGAAGGUCUAUCAUAGGGGCCUGGAUGGUUGAAUUUGCUGUGACCUUCUUUCCCUCAGCUACAUAUCAUCUUAUGCCGGUCAAAACAAGCGAGCAAUAUUACCACAUCUUGUGUCGCUACAAUAACAAUCACCCCGUUUUCAGAGCAAUGCUUUUCUGUUAUGCAGGCAUCGUGUUUUUUAUUCCGUGUAUAGGACUUUUUGUUGUUGCGAUUCGAAUAACAAGACACAUGCAGAAAAGGACAUUUUGCAACUUUGACUCGCUUAGGUUUAAAGGCUAUAAAAUGUUCGUCUCUUUGGUCUUUGCUUUUGUCUUCCCCUAUAUGAAUUUCUUUCUGUACACAAUAGUCACAAUGACUGUGAAACCGAACUUUAGUUUCGAUGUGGACUUUUUUCUUCGCUAUACCGGGACUACAGUGGCUUUUGCAAAUGGACUCAUUAACCCAAUAAUAUAUUUUUAUUACAACACAGCAUACCGCACUCGACUAAAGAGGGCAUUGUGCUUAUACUCGAGACAGAAGUCACGUCGAAUUGGGCCUAAAGUAGAACCAACAGUUCAACCAACAGUACAAACAACAGUACAACCAACAGUAUAACCAACAGUAUAACCAACAGUACAACCAACAGUAUAACCAACAGUAUAACCAACAGUACAACCAACAGUACAACCAAC